AUGCCCCCCGCCCUCCAUAUCUCCGGAUUAUGUGAAGUUUGCGAUCAACCAGCAUUCGGAAAACACUUUGGAGUUUUGAGCUGUCGCGCCUGUGCCGCAUUUUUCCGGCGGUCGGGAAACUGGUUGAAACAGAAAAAAUGUGACAAGGAGAACUGCAAAAUAUUUGAAGAAUCGUAUAAAUGCAAAAUUUGUGAAAUUUUACAUAAUACGAAAGUAGUCAGAGAAAAAGAUAAAAAAGAACACGAAAACCAAUAA